UCAAGCUCAGAGCAUCUCUACCCACGUCCGAGCAGAAGGGACGCAAGUAAAGAAAUUGUAGACGAAAAAAGAGUGACCUUGGAAACUACAAGAGCAACUCCACAAGAGCGGACAGGAUUUGCAUGUAUUGCAUGUAUGUAACUGGGAUUUAUACAAUGACAAGGUACACCAUGAUUGCAUUGCUUGUGUUGUGUACGCUGUGGCAAACUGCAUGGACUACCAUGACCUUUGGUGAAAUGUCAGACACAGACCCUGAGAUUCUGAGUGUGAGCAUCCCAUCGGAGAAGCCCGUGCGUGUGUUGAUGGGCGGCACGCUGGUCCUGCCCUGCUACUUCCAGGACAACACCCCGCAUGACCCCGGCGCCCCCCCCAUCGCCCCGCUCUCCCACCGCAUCAAGUGGACCCACGUCACCAAGGACAAGGUCACCAACGUCCUGGUAGCCUCGGAGGGCGUGAUUAGGGUAGCGGACGAGUACCUGGAUAGGGUCACCAUGGUGGGCUAUCCCAUGACCCCUACGGACGCCUCGAUAAAGAUCACGGAGUUGCUCUCCAACGACACCGGAGUGUUCCGCUGUGAAGUCAUGCAUGAGAUUGAGGACAGCUCUGACGCUAUUGAGGUCUUUGUCCAAGGUAUUGUUUUCCAUUACCGUGCCAUCACCUCUCGCUAUACCCUGACGUUUGAGAAGGCCAAGGCAGCCUGCGUUCAGAACAGCGCCGUCAUCGCCAGUGCCGAGCAGCUGCAGGCUGCAUACGAUGGAGGAUUUCACCAGUGUGAUGCUGGCUGGCUGGCUGACGAGACUGUCAGGUACCCCAUUCAUGAUCCCAGAGAGCCUUGCUAUGGUGACAAAGAGAACUUCCCUGGAGUGCGGACCUAUGGCAUCAGGAACACCAGCGAGACGUAUGAUGUGUACUGCUUUGCAGAGAAGAUGACAGGGAAAGUGUUUUACUCCAUGUCCCCUGAGAAGUUCACCUUUGUGGAGGCUGAAGCCCAGUGUGAGAGGCUGGGGGCGCGGCUGGCCACCACAGGUGAGCUCUACUUGGCCUGGCAGCAGGGCAUGGAUGUCUGCAACGCCGGUUGGUUAGCUGACCGCAGCGUGCGCUACCCAAUCAACAUUGCCCGGCCACAGUGCGGAGGUGGGCUUUUGGGAGUCCGCACUGUCUACCGAUUCACAAACCAGACGGGCUAUCCCGACCCAGAAUCCCGCUACGAUGCCAUCUGCUAUGAAGAUGAUGGUGAGGAGAGCUCUGGCGUUCCUUUCUUUCCUUUCGGAGGCCAGACCACCACUGAGCCAGGCCUUCUCAGCAUCGCCACGGAAACCCCGGGCCCGGAGGUGUUCAUCAAGGAAGUGACGGAGAGCGAGGUGAAAGUAGGGGAGGUGGUCACGCAUCAGCCCGAGACCACCAAGCCCGUCUGGUGGCCUGUCACUCAAGCACCGCUGUUCCCGCCCCCAGACGUCACCGAGGUGAUCCCGGACCUCGUCCCUGACCUCAUCGUGAAAGCCACGGCUCGGCCUGUGGUGGAGGCGGAGAUUCCACAUGUCAGUUACAGCGGAGCAGUGGGGUCAGGUGUGGUGUUCCACUACCGGCCCGGCUCCAACCGUUACGCUUUCACCUUCGUGGAGGCCCAGCUGGCGUGCCAGAGCGUGGGUGCCAUCAUGGCAACCUCCGAGCAGCUCCAGACGGCCUACGAGGGGGGAUACCACCAGUGCGACGCUGGCUGGCUCCUUGACCAGACCGUCAGGUAUCCUAUCGUCCGUCCUCGUGAUAAGUGUGCUGGGGACUUGGAGCACCUGCCGGGGGUCAGGUCUUACGGUCUUCGCCCUGCAGACGAGCGCUAUGAUGUCUACUGCCACAUCGGCCAGCUCAAGGGUGAGUUCUUCCAUGUAAGUUCUGCUGAGGGCUUUAGCUAUGACGAGGCGGUCACUGCCUGUCAGGAGAGGAACGCCACGCUGGCCUCCACGGGCCAGCUGUACUCCGCCUGGCGUCACGGUUACGACAGGUGCCGUGCCGGUUGGCUGUCGGACCGCAGUGUGCGUUAUCCAAUCAGCAGCCCCCGUGAGCUGUGCGGUGGAGGAAAGGCCGGCGUCCACACCAUCUACCUGCACGCUAACCAGACCGGCUACCCUGAGCCAAACGCAAGAUUCGAUUGCUUCUGCUUCAAAGCCGAUCAGUUUGCACUUCUCAAUGAGACUGGAAUGACCAUAACAGAAAUUGAAGAAGUACUUAUCAAUGGGACAACAAUUACAGACCUGCUCCGUCCAGUGGUUCCCUCCAUCACUGCUCCCAUUGCUGUGGAGCCCUCAGGCUCUGGUUCUGCAGAACUGCCCUCAGGAUCCGGUUCUGCAGAACUGCCCUCAGGUUCUGGUUCUGCAGAACUGCCCUCAGGAUCCGGUGGCUUCUCUGGUGAGGCGUCAGCCAGUGGAAGUGGCCUGGCUAGUGGUGAAGCCAGUGGUACCAGUGGGUCUGGGUCUGGCACCAGUGGAGAGGCCAGCUGGGGUACCACUGUGGUACCAUCUGGGUCUGGAUCUGGGUCGGGCACUAGUGGAGACUUGUCUGGUUCUGGUUCUGGCUGGAAUGAAGAAGGAUCAGGGUUUGUUGUGACCUUCUCCAGUACUGGGCCCACUUUGUACGGCGAGAAAUCUGCGUCAGGAAUGGCACAGGAAACUGGACAGGGAAUCCCUGAAGUCUUGACAUUCCCACUGGGAUCUGGAUUUGUCGGUGGAGACAUGGGAUCAGGAAGUGCGUCCGGGUCAGGGUUCAGCUCUGAGGAGAGCGGUUCCUCAUCAGAUGUGUCCAGCGGGUCUUCCUCAGACAUGUCCAUCGGGUCCUCAGGGGAGAGCUGGGAGUCCUCUGGGAUUUCCUCAGCGUCCAGCUCGAGUGAGCAGGACCUGAGUGGAGACACCAGCGCCCACUCGGGCGAUCUUGACGGUAGUGGCACGCGGAUCUUCUUUGUCGGCGGCGGCAGGUAUGUGGAGAUCUCGUCCUCUUCCCCCCGCGUGGAGCAGGAGCUCGGAGGCGCCGGAGUCCAUUUCAGCGGCUCUGGAGACUGGUCCAGCGCCGGGCCUAUCUCUGGGUCCGGGUCCGGUUCCAGCGGUCACUCCGAGGCCUCAGGAGAUGUCAGCGGCUUCCAGAGCGGAGAUGGAAGUGGACUCUCGAGUGGAGAUGUGAGCGGGUCAGGCAGCGGUUCCGGUUUUCCUCGGAUCACUUUGUUUGGCUCGGAGUUCACCGACCGGACAGUCAAGCUGGCAGAAGAGCAGGAGGCAUCUGGCUUCCUGCAGUUCGGUUCUGGCGGUUCUGGCGGUUCUGGCGGUUCCGGCAUGGCGAGCGGCUCUGGAGGAUCGGGUGAUGUCAGCGGGUUCUCCUCAGGAGGUUCUGCCAGCGGGGACGUCAUCCUCCUGACCGACAGCAGCACGGUGGAGGUCAGCGUCCACCCGACAGAGAGCCAGGAGCUCGGGAAGGGCCCGGUGGAGAUCAGCGGAGAUCACAGUGGGCUUUCCUCAGGCAGCAGCGGCAGCAGCAGCGGCAGCAGCAGCUUCGACAGCAGCACUAUCGGCAGCACCAGCGGCAGCAGUGACCCCCACCCCCACGCCCACCACCACACCUCCCCGCCAGGCUCCUCUCCACACCUCGCUGAGCCCCACCCGACCGAGUCCCACCCACCCAGUGAGGUGCUGUACGCCCAGGCCCCUGCCCAGUUUGUGAGCAGGACCUCCUCGCCGGACCAAGCACCGGCCCAGCUGCAGGACAGUGCCGGGGAGCCCUACGCCACCCCUGCCCCUCUGGUGGCCACCACCACCCCAGCCUUCACACUGCAAACGCCAGCCGUCGUGGAGAAGCCAGCACUGGACGACAUUGACCCCUGUGACCCGAACCCAUGUGGUGUGGGGACGUGUACCGUCCAGGACGGCGUCGGCCUGUGCCUCUGUCCACCAGGUCGGACGGGGGCAGACUGCCAGCUCGAUGAGCAGACCUGUGAGGACGGCUGGACUAAGUUCCAGGGCAACUGCUACCUGCACUUUGCCGAGCGCGAGACCUGGGAGGACGCCGAACAGCGCUGCAGGGACCUCAACGCCCACCUGGUCAGCAUCAUCACGCCCGAGGAACAGCACUUUGUCAACUCCCACGCUCAGGACUACCAGUGGAUUGGCCUGAAUGAUAAGACCGUGGAGAAUGACUUCCGCUGGACAGACGGCACUCCUCUGCAAUUCAUCAACUGGAGGCCGAACCAGCCGGACAACUACUUCAACUCCGGAGAGGACUGUGUGGUGAUGAUCUGGCACGAGAACGGCCAGUGGAACGACGUGCCAUGCAACUACCAUCUGCCCUUUACCUGCAAGAGUGGGCCAGUUUUGUGUGGCCCUCCUCCUGAGGUGGAGAAUGCGCGCAUGUAUGGGAACAAGAAGGACCGCUACCAGGUGAACUCCAUCAUCAGGUACCAGUGCAACGAGGGCUUCGUCCAGCGGCGCCCCCCAGUGGUCCGCUGCCUGCAUGACGGCCAGUGGGAGAAACCCCAGGUGGAAUGCAGAAUGUCCAACUCCACCCUCAGGCUGAGGAAAAGAUCCACCAGGACUCGAUCGCAAGCGGCACACAACAGAUCCAGCUAAGCAGCCAGGAGAGGACCCUCUAGAGAGAUUUUAACAUAUAGUUAUUUUAUAACAAUUAUUUUCUAUAAAUAAAUGACUCUUAAGAAAAAAACCAAGCAACCAAAGUGGCCAUUUUGUACGGUUUAAACGCUGAGGACACCAAAGAUAGCAAUGAUUUGAAUCCAUUGUCUAUCUGCUUGAACGCAUGGAUUAAAAUAUCACCUUGUGACUUUGACUAUUUAAAAAGGGAACAUUUAUUUAAGAUUCUAUUGGUUUUAGUUUUGUUUAUUUUUUGAUUUUUGUUAUUAUCCCUAAUACAUGGUUGGGGUGUUUCAUGAGGCAGGCUGUUGUAGUUGUUGGCCCGCAAACUGAAAUAAAUGGCUCCAUCAUAGCACAUAGUCAUAGUUGACAUAUACAUGGAAACACAUAGUCAUAGUUGACAGAGACAUGGAAAAUCCUAUUUAAAUCCUAUUUAAUAUGUACCAGUGCUGCUGUGUGCUCUGCCAACAAAGCUGCUGGGCGUCAGAACACAACUAUUUAACACUCCAGAGAGCUAAACAUAGCAAUAAAUAUUGCAGUGAUAUUAAUAUAGGCAACGUACAUGUAAAAGUAUUUUUACACAGUGUGUAACAAAUUUAGUAAAACUUAUGUGUGAUCAGUGAGGACAGUGAUCUUAGCAUAGAAUUAUACCCCAGUGUGGCAUCUCUGAAUUAAAGUGGAAGUUUGGUGUUUUACAACCUGGGGUCAAUUUUUGGAUAACAACAAGUCUAUUUUUUUUGUUUGGGACCAAACGUCAAUCCGUGCUGCUUUGAGUAAGACUUGAAAAUGCAUUGAAUAACAAAUAGGCAUAUAACUGUGGCUUGGGGGCAAUGUCACUAUGUCUUUCCUUAAAGCCACUGUCUACGCUCAAAAUACAAGUUGAUUCCCGAAAGUCGAUUACCAAAAAUAUAAAUUGAUUACCGAAUGUGCCACAAACUACUGUCAAUGGAUGCAAUAGCAGGAGAGUUCGGUGAUCGACUUGAGCGGACUUCAUCCUCGAAAGAUGGUGGCAACCGGAGGAAGAGUAAGAUAAUGCACUGACCGCACACACAUACUGUAUGUAAAAACACUCAUCUGCAGUAAGGAAGAGUAAGAUAAUGCACUGACCGCACACACACAUAUGUAGAAACACUCAUCUGCAGUGGUAUCAUGUCAUGAUAUUUUGAGCCUAGUCAGGGGCUUAAAGGACCGAUUUACUUUGAUGGAGUGACACUGCCCCCAAGCUUCAGUUAUAUGGCUAUUUGUUAUUAAACACAUUUUCCGAACAUACUCAAAACUGCCCCAAUUGAUGUGUUUUGAUCCCAAACGAAAACGUAGACUUGUUAUCAUCCAAAUACAGACCCUAGUUUGAAAAACACCAAACAUUUCCUUUAAGAAGCUUAAUUUGAAGUCUGUCCUCACAUUAGAAGUGUACCUGUUUAUUAGCCAUUAUUUUCAAGCGAGACACUGGACAUUAUAUGGAUGUUAAAGUCAACUGAAUCCACAACCCUACUUCAUGAAACAUCCCAUAAAAUAUUUGUCAUUAUUUACUAUGAUACUGUCAGCAUGUUUUUGUGCACCCUGAAUCAUUAUCACUUGACAUCUCUAGUGAUAAAGAAUAAUCUGAUUCUGUGUUGAAUUUAUUACAUCAGAUGUAAAUAUUCCAGUCCAACUUUACUUUAUGGUCAACAUACACUGGGCUGUGACUUGUACUUUACAUUCUAGACAGUGACAUCACCUUCUCCUUUGUUUAUGAUUUUGAAUGGGCUAGUGCAAAAUUGGUCAAUAGGACAUCAUUAGUCCACCAUCUAUUUAUUCUUGUUCAGACUGUUAUGCAUUCAGAAUUGCAGUCUGUCUAAAAACAUAAAAUACAUGCAGAUUUUGAACUAGAGAAGACAAAAUAUUACACCAUCUGAACCAUCAGAGGGAAACGGCAGCAAACACCGAUUCAUAUGAGAAUGUCUAUCAUUUUGAAGAUUUGAUCUGCAUAAUGUGAAAAGUGAUGUAUUUAUUGAUUUAUCGCCAUGGUGGGACUUGAAUGACACCUUGUCUGGAUUUGUCCAAUUGCUGAUGAAAUGUGAUACGAUGACAUGUCAUACCAUAAUUCAUUUACAAAACCAAAAAGUGUUUCUUAUCAUUACUGAGUUACAUGCUACAGAAACUAUGAGGACAAAUCCAGCCAUGUUUUUCCAUCCAAGUUCCUCCAUUAAAAUCCUUUUCUGUCUUUGCAUGUUAUCCUAAAUGUCUCACAGAAUCGCUGUGCGGGUCAUAGUAGUACCGUGGGACUCGUCUGUCCCUGAACAACUCUGUUUGCAUCAGUUACUGACACUUCUAUACAGAAUAGAAGUAUCAGAAGACCCGGCUUAAAAAAAAGUCUUUAACUGUGGAAACUGCUUCCAUUCUUCCUCUUCUGUUAACUGAUUGGCUAGUGCUUGUGUCAUUCUGUCCGUCGCUCAGAGUGAUAACGGGAGGCAGUGCCCCCCUGAUGCCUGAUUUCAUAUCCUGUAUCUGUACUCAGACUGUGCACCGCCAUCGCUAAACAGCUGCUUCUACUUCCAUAACUACUCAGUUGCUAUUAGUUUUGAAUUGCUAUUUGCCAUUGUCAUAUUCCUGAUUGUUUUGCUUUGCUGAUGUGCUUUCCCAAUGAGACCAGAAGCGAAAGAGACAUACGUCACACCAAACAUAUGUUUUUGGAUAUGAUGGAGGGUUUGUCUGUCAUCAGACAUCUUAACAUCACAACAUGAUACUCUCUGGACAAAGGAGUUAAUGACAUCACUCCUGCAUUCUCUACUCCAUCUUACUGAAGACUGUGACACCUCCCAAUGCAUUUGGUCCAUAUGGAAAGAGUGAAGUGAUGCUAGAGGCCUUUUCUCUUCUUAAUUUCUUCAUGUUAGCUCUGAUGUCUAAACCGGUGUUUACUGGAGUUCUGCAGAUGCAACUGUAUACAUUAGACAAGUAACUGAUUUUUUUUUUGAGAAAAAAGGGUACAUAAUAAAAAAAAACAUUCCAUAUAUUGAUUUUUUUGCGCUGUGCAUUAAAGACUAAGUUCCACCUU